AUGAAAAAGGCUGGACUUAUUGGAAUGCUUCUAUUACCCCAGGUAAAAUCGUCAACAGGUUGUCAUCCUCAUGUAGAUCUGGUGAAAGAGGAAGAGAGAUGCAUGAAAGAACAACUUCUUUUGAAUACGGAUAAAGCAACAAACUGUACAGGAUGGUGGGAUGACCUCAAUUGCUGGCCUCCUGCUUUUCCUGGAGAAACUAUCUCUCAGCCGUGUCCAGACUUUUUCAAUUCAGACGGCAGAGUGCAUCGCAACUGCACAACCGACGGCUGGACAGACCUGCUGGUACCGCACGAAGAUGCAUGCGGUUACACAUUUAAUGAGACACUCCACUUCCUGGGAGAGCCGUCAGAAUCCCAUUUGUAUUUCUCUUAUGUGAAGACUAUGUACACGGUGGGAUACACCCUCUCACUCAUCUCUCUCACCAUCGCCAUCACUAUAUUCUGUCUAUUUAGGAAGCUGCACUGUACAAGGAACUAUAUUCAUAUCCAGCUGUUCAUCUCCUUCAUCCUGAGAGCCAUUUUCAUCUUCAUCAGGGACUCACUGCUGUUUACUAAUGAAGACCUCUACCACUGUGACUACUAUCCGGUGGCCUGUAAAGUCGUACUGAUGUUUUCCAACUACUCCAUCCUGGCCAACUACAGCUGGCUACUGGCCGAGGGUCACUUCCUGUUCACCCUGGUGAGCCGCUCCUUCUUCUCCCUGAAGAAACACCUCGCCUGGUACAUCAUCCUGAGCUGGGGACUGCCGCUGGUUGUCAUCAUCUCCUGGGGAUGUGCCAAGUAUUUUUAUGAGGAUGAAGGAUGUUGGGAAACCAGAGGACAUGAAUGGAUUUGGUGGAUCCUUCGGGUGCCAGUGCUUCUGACCAUAACUAUUAAUCUCAUAUUCUUCCUGGGUAUUAUGAAGAUUCUGGUGAGUAAACUCAGGAUGCCAGACGCUCAGAGGAAUGAGUUCAAGCAGUACAAGAAGCUGAUUAAAUCUACAUUUUUCCUGGUGGCUUUGUUUGGUCUGCAGUACAUCGUGUUUGUUUUCUUACCAGUCUCCGUCAGCAGUUCAGUGUUUAGGAUUUGGACCUUUGCAGAACUGGCUCUGUCAUCCACACAGGGUUUUGUGGUUGCAGUCCUCUACUGUUUCAUGAAUGGAGAGGUACAGCAUGAGCUUCAGAGGAGGUGGAGACGGUGGAGGAUGACACAGCACCUCCCGAGUCGGCCGAGGCAGUACCGCGGCUCCAUCAGUCAAAGUGGAUCUCCUCAUACCCAGGUCUCCCUGCUGCCUUGGUCUCCAUCUGGUCCGACAAGUGGACUCCCUGUGGAUACCAUCCAGAUCUGAUUCAAGCCUCAUUGUUCUCUCUACAUCAGCACAUGGAGCAUAUAUUUGACCAGACUUUUUAUCCAGCAGCUUAACUGUUCAAUCCAUA